GUCGUAUAAUGCACACUUCAAACUCUUGCAUCCGGUUCAUAUCCGAGUGCUGGGUGCUGAGCAUUCGAUACAAGGGUACAAGAUCAUUGCCACGGUUGGAGCUGUGAAAGCGUGCCGGUAUCCGUUUGGCGUCAUGAAUUUGCGAAUCAAAAACGCCUUUGCCGAGGUCAUUCUCCAACACAAGGCCAUCUUAUCCGGCUACCAAGAACCAAGACCACAGGUAAGACUUCUAAUAAGACCUUAUAUUCAUGUGGUGUCUAUAUCGUCAAACAAACGUUACAGGUCAAUGUGGAUAUUGGCUCACCAGAUUCUCUUUCCAUCAAUCCGCAUUACUCAAUGCGUCCAUGAAGACCCCUACGUAUUCAACGGAGAAUGGCUAAACGCGAGCAUGAGACGCUCGCUGAAGAUGGGCAAGCAGGCCAUACGGCGCCCAGCCUCCCUUCCGUGGUAGAGAUGCACGACAGAGCAGACGAGGUCUCUAUUGCAUCAGGCCCUGUGUUGCAUGACUCAAUCCCUUUGAUGGAUCUGAGUCGGGGCGUGAUAGGCUGGGAGUCGAAAGAAGAUGUGCUCAAUCCUCGGAACUGGAGAACGAAGGACCGCAGAACCCUGAUGCUUCUGAUGUCAAUCAUCGCCACCAUCAGUCCUAUGGCCUCGUCUCUUUGUGCUCCAGGUAUCGCUGACACCAUGGCCGACCUCCAUGAGCCAUCUCGAGUUUUGGGCUCCCUGAUGAUCACUAUCUUCGUUCUCGGGUAUGCCGUCGGUCCCCUGUUCCUUGCCCCUCUUUCCGAGAUGUAUGGGCGUUAUCCUGUGGUUGUGAUAUCAACAUGGUUUUUCAUCGUCUGGCUACUGGGAUGCAGCUUCGCUCCUAGCAUGUCCAGUUUGAUUGUGAUGCGAUUUCUGGCCGGCGUUGGUGGGUCUGGCAUUAUCACCAUUUCCCCAGCCAUCGUGGGAGACCUAUACCCGGUAGAACGCCGAGCUUUUGGUUCUGCCAUCAUCGUUGGCAGCCAGUCCACAGGGCCCAUUAUUGGUCCUAUUGCUGGAGGAUUCAUCACCCAGUACCUAGGAUGGCGUUGGUCGUAUUGGAUUCUUGUUAUUUGUGCCUCCACCAUCACCGGUCUCACGACCGUGUUCAUGAAAGAGUCCAACGCUGUCGUGCUCCUCGAAAAGAAGGUGAAGAGGCUGCGGAAAGAGCUAGGACGAAACGACCUGUAUUCCCCGCUGCAACCUCAGAUGUCGCCCUUGGAGCUUGUACAGAGAAGUCUCUUGAGGCCACUGAAGCUGCUUGCCAAAUCCCCAAUUGUGCUAUUGAUGAGUGUGUUUGUCGCAACAGCCUAUGCAUUAUUAUACCUCAUGUUUACAACCAUCCCAACCGUCUUCGAGGAGACGUAUGGAUGGUCAGCGCAGCUCGCAGGCUUGGCGUAUCUUGGAUUGGGAAUUGGGACAUUCAUUGCUCUAAUAGUCUUGAUGAAGUUCAACGACGCACAAGUGGUGAAACUCAUGAGACAGAAUAACAUGAUUUUCGAACCUGAAAUGAGACUUUCAACAACAACGUAUUGCGGAUUCUUGAUGACGAUAUCCUUGAUUUGGUACGGCUGGGUAACUGACAAGAGGUCGCACUGGAGCAUUGCGGUUGCUAGUCAUAUUCCAUACGGGUUUGGUAUGCUUGGGGUCUUCCUUCCCUGUCAGACAUACAUGGUGGAUGCGUUCCCACUACAUGCAGCAUCUGCUGUUGCAGCGCCAACUGUCAUGCGGUCAUUAUUUGCAGCCUUUUUUCCACUGGUGGGACCACCAAUGUUCCAGAGUCUGGGCUUAGGCUGGGGAAACACCUUGCUAGGAUUCAUUGCAUUGGCACUGACGCCCAUUCCGUUGGUGUUUUAUCGGUAUGGCGGUAUGAUUAGGAAAAGAUUCCCCGUGCAACUCUGAAUUGGAGGCGAAAUUGGGAUGCCAUAUGGCCUUGCUGCCUUUGAGCCCUUUGCCUCCAGGAUAUGAGGCUACUGGCUCGCUAGAGAGGUACCUCACAUGUACAUGAAGAUGGUCACGUGGUCGAGCUGGCCGUUGUAGAUGUGCCCUCGCUUAUAUAAGCUAAACGCCAAACGGAGAUCUAAGGGUAUCUGGUCCGGCAAUCCGAUGAGGCUGUCAGAAGCAAAGGAGGAACCGGUAUAACCAUAUCAUUGUAUUCAGAGCGCCAGCAAAUGACACCAACAGUGAAAUAUCGGUGUAGAGGGCAAGACGGGUCACCGUGUCGAGGACCAAUCAGAGGAUGUGGGACGGGACGGAAGAGAAGUGAAGAUAUUGCAAGUGACCAACCACAAGACAUCCCAAGGAACCGGACCAUAGGCGUCAGGCUGCAAACGCCUACGAUUGACUUUUGGGCGGGACAAUACCCGCAUGUGGGAGAUUGACCAGGCGUGCCUGGCCAGAGUGAGAGACAAGGAGAUACAAGUUUCGGGUGCCGAUGUUCUUAGGUCAAGAUGAGGUAUCAUGGUGAGAUGUGCCGUUUACAACAAAAGCAGCCAACCACGCCAC